GAGGAGUUCGCGUGCCCCGAGCUGGAGGCGCUGUUCCGCGGCUACACUCUGCGACUGGAGCAGGCAGCCACGCUGAAGGCGCUGGCUGUGCUUAGCCUGCUGGCGGGCGCGCUGGCACUGGUCGAGCUGCUAGGUGCACCGGGGCCCGCGCCCGGCCUGACCAAGGGGUCGCACCCAGUGCACUGCGUCCUCUUCCUGGCGCUGCUCGUGGUCACCAAUGUCCGGUCCCUGCAGGUGCCCCAGCUACAGCAGGUCGGUCAGCUGGCGCUGCUCUUCAGUCUCACCUUCGCGCUGCUGUGCUGCCCCUUCGCGCUGGGCGGCCCCGCCAGGGGCUCUGCCGGGGCGGCUGCGGGGUCAGCCGCCGCGGAACAGGGGGUUUGGCAGCUCCUUUUGGUCACCUUCGUUUCCUAUGCCUUGCUGCCCGUGCGCAGCCUGCUGGCCGUCGGCUUUGGGCUCGUGGUGGCUGCCUCGCACUUACUGGUUACAGCCACCUUGGUCCCCGCCAAGCGCCCGCGUCUCUGGAGGACGCUUGGCGCCAAUGCCCUGCUCUUCGUGGGUGUGAACAUGUAUGGCGUCUUUGUGCGGAUCCUGACUGAGCGCUAUCAGAGGAAGGCCUUUCUGCAAGCCCGGAGCUGCAUUGAGGACCGGCUACGGUUGGAGGAUGAGAACGAGAAACAGGAGCGGCUGCUUAUGAGCCUCCUUCCCCGGAAUGUUGCCAUGGAGAUGAAGGAGGACUUCUUGAAGCCCCCUGAGAGGAUUUUCCACAAGAUUUACAUCCAGAGGCAUGACAAUGUGAGCAUCCUGUUUGCGGACAUCGUGGGCUUCACAGGCUUGGCAUCCCAGUGCACGGCCCAGGAGCUGGUGAAACUGCUCAAUGAACUCUUUGGCAAGUUCGACGAGUUAGCCACGGAGAACCACUGUCGUCGCAUCAAGAUUCUUGGGGACUGCUACUACUGUGUUUCAGGCCUAACCCAGCCCAAGGCUGACCAUGCCCAUUGCUGCGUGGAGAUGGGGCUCGACAUGAUUGACACCAUCACGUCUGUGGCUGAGGCCACUGAGGUGGACCUGAACAUGCGUGUGGGGCUACACACCGGCAGGGUCCUCUGUGGUGUUCUGGGCCUGCGCAAGUGGCAGUACGACGUGUGGUCCAAUGAUGUGACCCUGGCCAACGUCAUGGAGGCUGCUGGCCUGCCUGGGAAGGUUCAUAUCACAAAGACAACCCUUGCGUGCUUGAAUGGGGACUACGAGGUGGAGCCAGGCCAUGGACACGAGAGGAACAGCUUCCUGAAAACUCAUAACAUUGAGACCUUCUUUAUUGUGCCAUCCCAUCGGAGAAAGAUAUUUCCAGGCCUGAUUCUCUCAGACAUAAAGCCGGCCAAGAGGAUGAAGUUUAAGACUGUCUGCUACCUGCUGGUGCAGCUCAUGCACUGCCGGAAGAUGUUCAAGGCUGAGAUCCCCUUCUCCAAUGUCAUGACCUGUGAAGACGAUGACAAGCGGAGAGCAUUGAGAACAGCAUCAGAAAAACUUCGAAACCGCUCGUCUUUCUCUACAAAUGUGGUCUACACCACACCAGGCACGCGUGUCAAUAGGUAUUUAAGCCGCCUCCUGGAAGCCCGCCAGACGGAGCUGGAGAUGGCGGAUCUGAAUUUCUUUACCUUGAAGUACAAACAUGUUGAACGGGAGCAAAAGUACCACCAGCUUCAGGACGAGUAUUUCACCAGCGCUGUCGUCCUUGCCCUCAUCCUGGCUGCCUUAUUUGGCCUUGUCUACCUUCUUAUGAUCCCACAGAGUGUGGCUGUCCUGCUCCUGCUGGUGUUCUGUAUCUGCUUCCUGGUGGCCUGUGUCCUCUACCUGCACAUCACCCGGGUCCAGUGUUUUCCAGGGUGCCUGACCAUUCAGAUUCGUACCGUCUUGUGCAUAUUCAUAGUGGUCUUAAUCUAUUCUGUAGCCCAAGGAUGUGUGGUGGGCUGCCUACCCUGGGCCUGGAGCUCCCAGUCCAACAGCUCCCUGGUGGUCCUUGCGGCUGGGGGCCGGCGCACUGUGCUGCCUGCCUUGCCCUGUGAGUCUGCACAUCACGCCCUGCUCUGCUGCCUGGUGGGUACCCUCCCACUAGCCAUAUUCCUGCGGGUGUCCUCCUUGCCAAAGAUGAUCCUGCUGUCUGGGCUCACCACAUCCUACAUCCUUGUUCUGGAGCUCAGCGGAUACACCAAGGCCGAGGGCGGUGGUGUCUCUGGGCGCAGCUACGAGCCAAUCGUGGCCAUCCUGCUGUUCUCGUGCACGCUGGCCCUGCACGCCAGGCAGGUGGACGUGAGGCUGCGGCUGGACUACCUCUGGGCAGCACAGGCAGAAGAGGAGCGGGAUGAUAUGGAGAGGGUAAAGCUGGACAACAAGAGGAUCCUCUUUAACCUCCUUCCAGCCCACGUUGCACAGCACUUCCUCAUGUCCAAUCCCCGGAAUAUGGACCUCUACUACCAGUCCUACUCCCAGGUGGGUGUCAUGUUUGCCUCUAUCCCCAACUUCAAUGACUUCUACAUCGAGCUGGACGGCAACAACAUGGGAGUGGAGUGUCUGCGACUCCUCAACGAGAUUAUCGCUGACUUUGAUGAGCUCAUGGACAAAGAGUUUUAUAAGGAUCUAGAGAAGAUCAAGACCAUUGGAAGCACUUACAUGGCUGCAGUGGGGCUGGCGCCCACAGCAGGAACCAGAGCUAAGAAGUCCAUCUCCUCCCACCUCAGCACACUGGCUGACUUUGCUAUUGACAUGUUUGACGUCUUGGAUGAAAUCAACUACCAGUCGUACAAUGACUUUGUCCUCCGAGUUGGUAUCAAUGUUGGCCCUGUGGUGGCUGGAGUGAUUGGUGCUCGAAGGCCCCAGUACGACAUCUGGGGAAACACGGUCAAUGUGGCCAGUCGGAUGGACAGCACCGGAGUCCAGGGCAGAAUCCAGGUGACUGAGGAGGUACACCGGCUGCUGAGAAAGUGUGCCUACCAUUUUGUGUGCCGAGGCAAAGUCAGUGUCAAAGGCAAGGGGGAGAUGCUGACGUACUUCCUAGAAGGCAGGACUGAUGGAAAUGGCUCCCACCCCAGGCCUCUUCACUUGGAGCGCAAGAUGUGUGCUUAUGGGAGAGCUGGAGGCCAGGCCAGACGGCCCCCACUGUGUCCCGCAGCAGGCCCACCAAUCAGGGCAGGGCUCCCCCCAGUUCCCACAGGCCAGUACCUGCCACCUGCAGCAGCGGGGAAGGAAGCUUAACCGAGCUCAUGUUGGCCUCUGGAGGUGCAUGCAGGGCAAGAAUGCUCCGGGGUGACACAGGCCACCUUGGCUCCAGUCAGGACCAUCCAGAUGAGCAGAACAGGAAGACAGUGACCGGGAAGGAGAAAGAGCAUUUUCGAGGUGGGACCUGAGAGUCAAUAGGAGAUGUGCCUAAGCCACCCCUUUGGGGCAUAGGGAAGCCCUGCCUCUUCCCAGUGUAGCUACCCAGGUCUGGCCAGUGUCACCAUCGAUGCUGGGAUCUUCAGAAUAUCUGUGAGGAACACAACAAGAGUCAUGGAGUUCUGGCUGGCAGAGUGACAGACGAAUCCAUCAUCAGUGAGCCCUGAGUUGGCACCACGGCAAUCUGGCUGUGAUGGAUCCUGGCCUGUGGACAGCCCCAGCCCUGGGCAGCAGCUCCAAGAACUGCACUGGGAAGUCAGCACUGUGGGGCAGGGCCAUAAGGGCUGAGCUCUUCACACUGUGGACACAGCACAGAGCUGGUCAGGUCUUGAACAGGACAGUCUGGAAAGAAUCGAGAAGCUGCCUCUCAUUGCAUGGAGAGUGAAGGCUGCUGGCUUUUCUCAUGAGCAGGAUUUUACCAGAAGCCAGAGGCAGGCCUUCUGGAACCAUCAGGGGGGCUCCACAGCCCCACUCCAUCAUGGGCCAGCACCAGCUGCUUGUUCCGCGUGUGCAUUCUCCCCCUGCCCCACCUGCCAGCUCAGGCUCCUGUGACAGCUGGAUGUUCCUCUUACUGCACCAUGGCUAUGUAUCCAAAGGAGAAGAGGGGUGAGCAUCAGGCCUUGCCUAAUCCCUGGUCACUUGGACCCUGUACAUUACAAUCAAGGUUCCCUUGGUGUUGAAAAUGAGUGACCGUCACACCAUAAGCCAGCUUCCUUGAUGGAAGGCAUAGUUUCUCUGACAGAACCAGCCCUCCUGGAGCAGGUGGGUGGUCGUAAGGUUAGCAGAGUUUGUGGUCCUGAGUCCAGGUGUUCCUGCUCCAGUGUGCAAGGAAAUUAGCUGAAGGUGGUCCUGUUGACAUCUGGGACCUCCCACCUGUGCUUAAUGGUUGUGAUGGGUAUGAAGAUGAAGGAUGUGGGGAACAGGGUCCAGGAGAGCCAGUAGGUAGAUAGGAAUGGACUGGCCAGAAAUAACUGGAAGAUUUGGCUCCUGUAGACUUCUGACCUUGUCACAGGAAGCUUGAAAUAUGGUGGGGGGGAGGGAGGGGGAGAGGUUCUAGGCCAGUGCCUUGGUUGGUGAAUGUCUAGAGACCUGUAGCUCCAAAAGGUUUAUGUGACCUGAAUCUUAUCCUACUCAUGGCUAUGGGGGUCCCUCUCUGCACUGCUACCAGGGACUCUCCCUACUUCCUAGGGAUCUCAGCUUUUCAGGAUAGGAGCAGAGAAAAGCCCAGAUUUCCUUCCCCGAGGUGCAGACUUGCGUAUGGGCAGGGCCCUUUAGCUCAGCCCUAGCUCAGUUGUGUGACUGUGCAGUGGCAACAGGGGCCUUGCCCAUAGCUGGAGCUUUGUGGGCCAGCUGGUGAGAUGAUGCUUGGGGAAAGCUGACUACCUGUCUCGACAGGACUCAGUUGAGGCAGGACUUAGGACAGAGGUGGGCAGAGUGAAUAGCUUUGGAAAGGGGACAGUAGGAGAUGGAACUGCAUUCAGGGUCCCCAUAUACCUAAGGCCCUGGACUACUGGUGACCAGGUAGGGCUGUGAGGACUGUCCUUUCGUGACUCUGUAAUGGUGCAGGGAGCACACAUAUGGCCUCCAGUUCCUCCUGCAGGGGACUCUGACCAGGUCUGCUGUCUUCCUGGCACCUUCCCCAGGGUGAGAUGAGGAACUCUCAAGCCAGGGCCAAGCUGACCCCCAGGACCUCACUAGAGACAUUGGGGAUGGAGAAUAGGCAAUUUGUCCUUAUGUAGUUUCUGAUUCUUGUGGGCCUGGUGUUUUGGUGUCACUAUGUGCAGGUGGAGGCUGUUCCUGUGAGGCGGAGGGCAGGAGGAGAUACUCUCGGGGGCCUCUCCUUGUCAUCAGAGAUCAUGUUUAUAGGAAUGUGCUUUGAGGGCUCCUGAGGACAGGCAUUUUUAUCCACCUGAGCCAGCCACAGGACUGAGAACCUGUAGGGCACCCUGCCACCACUCAUUAUCAGCCCUGUCUUGUGUCUGCUCCCACGCUUUCCUGUCUUUGGGACAAAUGGGUCAUCCUUACCAUCUCCUUUUCCACUAGGAUUUUCUCAUCUUUCCUAAUCAGAUUUGAGGCAGUCAGUUCAGACAGGAGCACACACAGGAGCAAAUACAUUGUUGUCUUGGGCUCUGUAGGCUGUGGGGCGGGGGCUGCCCUACUCCUCCUGUUAUGGCUCUGGUGCUGUCCCCAGACCCACAGGCCCACAUAGCUUGGUCCUAGUUCAUGUCUCCCCUACAUAGCUCUGGCCCUCCAGUGCUACUGCCCAAUGGGGCCAUCUAGGUUAGGCACAGAGGCGUGGCUUUCAAAGAUGCCCACACCCUGACUGGUGCUGGGUCCUAAGGGUGUGUUCUGUUACAUAGGAAGAGGGACUUUGUGGAUGGAAUUAAGGUUAGGAGCCUGAGAAUUGGAAAGGGUCCUUGACCAUCUGGGUGGGCUGGCUGCAGCACAGGGCCCUGCAGACAUGGAUGAGGGGGCAGGAGGGCCAGGGUGUGACCAUGACUGAGCCCUCAUUGCUGGCUUAAACAUGAGGCACCACGAGACAACACUCGUGAUUGAACGUGAGAAUAACCCCACCCAACGAAGAAGCAGGGAUGUUGCUCCCAAAGCCACCAGAGAUGAACUUGGCAACAGCCUGAAUGAGCAGGAGACAGGACCAUCAGCAGGAUCCUAACCUGAGGACACCUGGACUUGGUCUGUGUGACUCUGAGUCGAGUCAACCAGCCAUACUGUGUCCUAGCUGAGGUCUAUAGUGCUUUAUGGUCAUGAGUUUGUGCGCAAAGCCAUGAAAUCUGAUGGGCGUGUGUACAAAGCCCUUGAGGUAUGGUCGGGUUCAAAGGAAGCCACUACAGGGGACGAUGCUACCUUCUCUGGGCACAGGACUGUUCUGAAGUGGACCACGUGGCAGCCUUGAUGGAGUCUCUACAUCAGGGGCAGACAUCUCCUCCAUCAUCAGCAAUUCCAAACCCUGUCUACUUCCUGUGAGGUCAGGAACACAUUUAGCCAUAAUGUUCCUUGGGGUUUGGUGAAAAUCAACUUCCUUUUUAUUUGUGAUAAAAAACUGUAUUAUAUUGCCUUAUUUAUUUUUAAUCUUGUACAAUAUUCAUGUACAAAUGGUAGAGCCAUUCGGGUAGGAUUCUUCUCUAAAUUAUUUAUUUUAAGAUGCUCUGUAUAUAGUGCACCAAUUACAGGUGCUGCCUGUUCACUUGUACCAAAAAUGAGGAAAAGCCCGGCACCCACAUCAACCCCUGCACGGUGAUGCCGUGGCCCUUGGGAAAUGACCCUGCGUGUUCCCUUCCGAACCCUCGCAUGCCUCCCGUGCCUGACACUGUAGAGUAGAACACAGCCCCAGAAUGCUUCCAAAUGCUUCCACAGGCUGCGCCAACCCGGGCCAGUCCACUCCUUACACCCAGCAACCCAGUUGCCAGCCCGUGUUUCUCAAACUCUAAGCCUCCAGGGCUUCCGGACCCCUUCUGUCAUAGAAGCAAUAAUUGUAACUCUAUACUGUAGAGACGAGUCUGGCUUGAGCAGAUUGAUAAUUCAGAUAAGCCAUGCAUACAAGUUUGCUAUGGGGGACUGCCACUCCCAAAGCCCCCACCCUUCUGAGGACCCAGCUUUGGCAACCUAGUUCUUGGGUUGAGCUCACUGCCCCAGGCAGUUGAGCAGAUCAAUCUAGCAUCUAACCUAAGUCCCCACAUUUUUGGUCAGGAGAAGAAGGGGAAGUGAGGGCACCAGCCCCCAUCCAAACUCCCUUCUGAUUCUUGAAUGUCAGUGCUGGUCUCAUGUGACCAAGGGUGGUAAGCUCCAUGGUUGUCCUAACAGAGCAUUAAAGAAUAACAUUUCAAGGCUUACCUAUGGUAUACCAUUUUUUUAAAAAACGUAAUGGUGUCUGAAGGGUGCUCUCCUCACCUUGCACUUGACCUGCUGGUAAGAGAAGAGCCCUCAGGGCAGGAUGUCUGUCUUCCCUGGGUGAAUACAACUGUGCAGCAGGAAAGGCUGGGGCACUUGGAUUGAUGUGGAGAAUUCAGUGCUUGGCAGGAUGUGGCUAACCUUUAGCAACUCUGUGUUUUAUUUGUAUCUCAUAGAAAGACUAUGCCAUCAUCCUUAUAGUAACCUGGAAAGAUUGUGUAGACUGCUUGCUUUAAUAGGCCACUUAAGAAGGAAGUGGUUUGGAUUGGUGAAAUCAAGGGUGUGUGGAGGGCUUCACCUGAGAACGUGCACCUGUCACUGCUCCAGCAGGGUGGUUUCUGGAACUCCCCAAAUCCCAGGUAUCUUGUUCACAACCCAUGCAGGGCCUGUCCGAUAGGCAUGCAUGGUUUAUAAAACAAGUAUGCACCCAUAACUGUGCAUGUUACAGGAAAAGAAAGACCAUGCUUACAUAUAUUGUACAUCUUACAGUACAAGAGGUCCCAGAAGUGCUAUUAGUACUUAAAGUUCUGAAAACCUGCAGAUUUGAUGGCUGUAUAUAAAGUAACCCCCCAGAAACAUGGUUUCGUAAUGACUUCAAUUUUUAAAAAAUAUGCGCGUGUGUGCACGCACACACACACACACACACACGCACAGACACACAACCCUUUAUAGAGGUAACUGGAUUUCAAAAUAUUUGGCUCAGUAAAAUAAAUAAAGAGCAAACUGACUGGGCCACAUUCUGGCAGCCUGGAUGUUGCAUGGCAUAACUUUUUCUCCGGACCCUGGGACAUGCUGCCUCCCUAGCUACAGUAUGCUUUGAAAGUUCAUCUGACCAAUAGGUCCUUGUUUUCAUUCAGAACUCCGGGUUUGAGAACGGAAUGGAUAAUGGAAGUGGGAUUGUUUCUUCAUACGAUAUCUUGAGGUUUGUGUUUGCAUUCAUGGCUCUUUAGCUGGGGGGUUAGAAGAGCUGCCUGGGACUGGACUUAAGUUAGAUUCAUGGGCCUGUUGGAGGAGGUGGCAGGGCCCAGAGCUCAGGAGGCAGGAUUGGGGGAGCCAUUCCCGGCUUGCCGGGGCAUGGAAAGUUUAAUCCAAAGCACACAGAAUGAUUACUGUGCCAGAAGUUGUUUGGGUAUAUGAGUUGGUAUCUUGAGUGAGACUUCUCCCUGCCUCCCCGACGUUUGAUGGGAAGGCCUGAGCCAACGAGUUGCUUCAGUCUCAUGCCAUCUCACUAUCUCCUUGUGCCCAUUAAGUCAACCAGAGUCUGUUUCCAGCUGACUGAGUCAGAAGCCUUCCUGGGGGGAGACAGGGUGUCAGAGGGCCUGAGCACCUGCUCCCUGUCCUGGAGGACAAAGUGGGGACAGAACCAAGGAGAUUCUGGAAGGCUUAGUGUGUAGGGCUCAGCAGAAGGAAUGAUCUCCAAGUUGUGAAUUUCCAUAUGUGGACUUGUAUGAUUGGGCCCCACUGUUGGCAGGUGAGAGCUGUGUAGGGCCUCUACCUGGAAGCCAUAGGCCCUUUGUUGCUAGACAUCCUGCUGGUGGGGUGGAGAUGUGUGGAAGGGAACCCCUGGGCCCUGAGGCUGUUCCCUCACAAAGGGUCAGCUACUCUGUAAGCACAAACCCUGCAUGGGGGCAGGAAGGGUGUUAGAGCUCUGCAGGAGCUGCCUCAUGUCAAGGACCCUCCAGGGACACUUUGGAAAGUAUCUAAGGGUUUCCUGCCUUAUCCUCCUGUAUGUUCACAUCUUAGUGAAGGCCAGUGAAGGUCUAGGAAAAGGAUAUGAGGAGAUUUGUCACCUCUGUGGUCUAUCCCAUAAAUACCACAGAUCCAAUUUCAGAUGCUACAUUCUGGGGUUAGAUGUCCCUCAGCAACAUACCCGUCAUGUAAUGACUCAGAUAUGUGUAGUUUUAAGAUUCCUUGAAAAAAAAAAUAUGUAUCUGUUCUGUUGCAUAUUGGACCUGUUCACUAUCUUAGAAGAUGCAAUGAUUCUACUAGAGGCCAUGCUUAGUUAGUGUGUGCCCCUGUGCACGUGUGGGCAUGUAGGUCAUAUAGCAUUAAAAAAAAAUAAAAAUCAAUUAUUCAUUCUUGGGAUUGAUUCAUACAAGGAACAAAAUUAAAAUGGAAUAUAGCCAGGUGGCCACCACUAGAGUCCCUACUUGAUUUGUCUCUCAUCAGAGGGAGGAGGGCAGGGGCAUCCCAGAACCUAAGCGAUACUCACAUGGUCCCUGAGCUUCUGUGAGAUGACAGCCUGUAACCUCCAGUUACUCAGGAGGUUCAGGCAGGAGAAUUACAAGUUUAAGGCCAGCCUGGGCAAUACAGUAAGACCCCCAUCUCAAAAAAAAAAAAAAAAAGUCUGUACUAUAUCAGCACUUAAGGUCAGAUAUAUUGAAGCACUAAAUUGCUCCUUAUUUCUUUUGGUUGGUUAUUUUCGGUUUUUUUUUUUUCUUUCCCACACACAGUGGUAUGUGGAUCUGUGGAGGGACUUCAGGGUGGAUAUACAGCAGGAAUUUCAAAUGCGGAGCCAAUUGGGGGCUGAAUCUUGAUUACCCAUCAACAAGCACCCCAUCCUCCCAUUACAGAGUGACUUGGAAGCCAGGUCUUCCUAACAGGAUAUGUCAGCACCAAUCUCUCCAGCAACAGACAGGUGGCCUUGUUGGGUUGUGGCUCACUACUAGCUGAAAAACAAACAUCAGAAAACCAACCACAGUAGUCACCAUAUGACCUGACCCCAUGUUCUCCAUCUUGACGGGCUUUUUAAAUUUUAGAUCUAAUUUCUUUAUCCUUUGUGAAAUUACUAAAUUUCUUGCAACAGGUCACUAGAUUCACUAUGUUCUGCACUCAACCACAGGGAAGGGCAAGCAUCACUCUUUGUCUAGUUAAAACGGGUCUCCAGAGGGCCUUUUGGUAUGACCACAAAUUAACACAUUCAUUACUAGUUCCCAAAUCUGACUUUUCAGUCAGUGGGUACCUUCUGCCUGUGGAAGGGAUGGAAUGAUGAUAUUCUUGCUGUCCGUGGACAAUCCAAGCCCCACAGGUUAGGGAGUUGAGAGUGCCGCACAGCCUUGAGAGGCAGGGCCAGAUCUCAACUCCUGUUCUGUCCCCAUCUCAAGCCCUUCUGUUUUCUGUUACAUUUAGGACUUACUAACAUUAAAAUCUGCAAUUGAUGGAAAACACUAUCUUGUCCACACAAUUGUGUCCAGUAUGAAGGAGGAGACCCUGCUUAGGAUGCUCUUCCAUGGGCAAGUCUUACUCUGAUCCACAUCCUAGGAGCAUGUGUCCACGACACAUUGGCUCUGCAGUCCUUGUCUUCUUGUUGCUCAGUUAGAGCCUGUAAUUCCUCUUGGCUAAACCAUAUUUCUUCUUUAACAUUACUGAUCCCCCGCAAGGAAAUAAAAUGUUAGAUUUGGGGGUUAAAAAAAAAAACACCUUUCUACUUUGUCAUAUUGUCCUUUAACUUCUAUAGCUCUUUUGGAGCACAACCUGUCAUGUCUGAAAUGAUACCGAAUCUCCUUAAACAGGGAGGACAGCUGUUUUUUUUCUGGAAGGCCCCUCUGACAUCAAAUAGGGAAGUAUAGCUCCUCCUCCCCAAAGUACACACCGUUUCUCCACUUACACCCAGCCUGCCAGGCUCCAGUUGCUGGGGAGGAGUUUCAUGAGCACUGGGAAGGCUUAGGUUGCCUUUGCCAUUUCUGCUCCUCUUCCUCUGCCGUGGAACCAUUCAGUAUUGUUCAUGUGCUAUUGGUGCAGUGUAGGAGGUCAAGGUGCCUUCCCGGGGAUUGGAGGAUGUAUGAAAAAUGGAUCUCCCCAGGAGCAUUCGUAAGGCAAGGAAGAGUUUACGAUGGAUGGUGAGAGGUUUGGCAAACACUCAAUUCCAGGGGCCCUGACCAUCUCAUGGGUGUUGGUUUCUACUGGUACCAAGCAGUACAGACUCUGAGAGUAUUGGUUUCCAAAACCGCUUUCAGCCAUUUAUUGAGAAUUAAUGUGUAAACAGAAAAGACAUCUUAGACCAACUGCAGAGCCUAUAUAAAUGAAAUCCUGCACUUAAUAAACUUGUGCAGGAUGUCUGUGCAGGAACAGCUGGCUCAGAGCAUGCUGUGGGUGUCCACCUCCUGCAGCAGGUGCAGUGAGAAGUUGGCCCGACAGCAGCCAGAACUUGUUUCUUGCCUCCCACCAGCAACCACCACUCAACUCUGGGCCCCAGGCACAUGAAGCACAAGUCUCAGGGGACCAUUCCCAUACUGUGGGGAUCCCAAGGACGCCCACGGCACCUCUAGCAUACACCGGGAUUGUGGACCCAACUGAUCACCAGGAGCACACAUGCCCGGUGUGGAGGGGCCCUCUGUGUUGCCUUCAUCCCUGUUAAAACUGCGUAUAUGCAAGCCAUUUGCACUCUGGAAUUGCAUGCUGUGAAAUUCCUAAUUGUGUGGAACUCAGUUUGAAUUUGAAAUCGUGCAGCAUGCGCUCAGGCUUGCCCCUGAGUCAUCUGCCUGCUAGGUGCAGAGCACCCCGGUGAGCCAGGGUGAGUCCCAUGGAACCUGAGCUUUGUGUAGCUCGAGCAUUUAGUAUGCACCGUCUCCUUUCAGCCCAAACUCCCUUUCUACUAUCCUCUCAUUUAUAUUGAUUGCACUCCAACUUCCACAAAUGGAAAUGUCAUUAUCAUGACCAUCUCAGCAGUAAUUCCAUUCUGAUUUAAGGUAAGUCCAAAGCCCACCUCUGGAUUUUCUUACUUGCUGAGAAAAGUCAUGUAAGCUCCUAUGCCCUGUGUUUGGCUAGAGAGGGUUGCAUCUCUCGGUGAGAUAAAGAGUGGCACUGGCAAGAGAUCCUUUUCUCCCACACAAUAAACUCACUGAGGAUGCUUCUGUAGACAUGAGAACACAAUGAUUAUAUUCAGAAUCACAAUAACUCAAUCUCACUGGGUAACUUCUCAUGAUAGAUUUGUAUAAUCAAUACGGGUCUAUUUUUAUGUCAACUGAACACUGUAGAGCACCUUCCAGUCUUUUUCAAGAUUGUUAAAUUGAGACAAGUAAUUGAAUAAUUUGUCCUAUUUUUAUUUAAAAAAAAAAGUGAAUGGACUGAAAUGUUAAAUGUGAAUGUACAUUUCUUAAUUGCAACUUUUCUACUGAGUGUUUGCACUAUACUUUCUGGAGUCUUAUUUAACAAAAAUAAAGGAAAAAUUGCUUGACUAAAUUGUGAUCAUUUCGAUUGAAAAAUAAAUGGUUGUGUGGAUGUUUUAAGACA